AUGGCUUCAUCCGUGAGUGGCACAGAGGAGGUCCGAGUCUCGACGUUGACUCCCCUGAAGUUGGUGGGACUGGUGUGCGUGUUUCUCGCUCUGUGUCUGGAUGUCGGAGCCCUACUGAGUCCCGCGUGGGUGACGGCGGAUGACCAGUACUAUCUGUCCAUGUGGGAGUCCUGCUGGAAACCCGUCAGCUCCCGGGACUGGUCCUGCCACAGUACGCUGGCCACCGGUGAGACAGACGCUCACAUGCCCGUAAACACGCUCACUUACCCGGGUUGAUGCGCCUCCAUGUUGUUUUGCAAGUUUUAAUCCAGUUGGGUGCUGUAGUUUUAGGGAGGUGUCGAAGCAGAAUUUGGGGUGCACACAGACACCCACAUUCACAUUCAAAUAGGGGAUAACAAAGAGUCCCUGCAGACAAAGCUCUGCUCAACCAAUCUGUUCAGUGGGUGAGAAUUAUAAAACAUCACCCAGGAGAGAGCUAAAUGUUAAUUACUUUAUAAUGAGUUAUUGCCUGGUUCAUUUAAACUGCAGAACUUUCCUGCAUGUAAUAAGAUAGUGAACAAUGUACUGCACAUACUGCUCUCAAAGUGGGAGAUAAUUGGCUCUAUUGACAUUAACAAAUUUGUCCUUGAGCCUCAGAGUGUGAAGUAUAAGGCAGUUUUUUUUUCUGUUUUCUGGUUUACUUUGUUUUUUACAACAUUUGCCCAGUACACCACUGAAUGAUGUGGGAAUCCUGCCUCGCCAGGAGCGGUCCAGCUGGGGUUUCAUUUGGCCUUUUGUUGCUCACAAAAUGAGCCUUUGUGAGGGUUUCUUCACCGGCCAAGGAGCGAGGGCAACUCAGAGCAGAGAGCUCCCCAGAGAUCCAGAUGCCUGUAGAUUAGUAACCAGGGAGACAAGUGAAGCACUCCAGAAAUGCAGAUUUUUUUUUCUUUUUUUAGGAGGGAAAGUUCCUAAUGGAGGGUUUUUUUUUUCAUCCUGGAAGUAUUUCAUUUUUCCAAAACAGCCAGCCUCUCAGUGUUAAAGAAAAUAGGAAUCAGGAUGUGGCUUUUGUCUUUUUUUUUAAAUCAUGCAUUACAGUAAAUAUAAAAGUGGCAAAUAAAGAAAAAGCAGCACUGAAAUAUAACAAAAUAAAAACAGAAAUGAAAUAAAUCAAUGUAAGGAAGUUUGUGGAGAAUAAAUCUCCUUUAUUCAGUGAGUUGGCAUGAAGUACUUCAGAGGAGCAUUUAUCAGUGCUUUGUUGCUGUAAAGGCUUGUUGUUGCCCCCAAAAUCCCUGUAAAAUGUGAAGCCUGUGAAAUUUAGACAUUGCUGCUAAUAAUUGAGUCCAGGACUCACUAUCACUGCUUAAGACUUGAGCGCGUUUAUCACAGCAGGGUUUUUAUCAACCGAAAUUGUUCAUCUCUGCGUGAAAAUUUGGGUAAAACUUAUCUGUCUAUCAUUACAUGGCUUGUGUACUAGCCUGCCACAUUUUUAGUAAACCUAUACUUCACUCUCUUCUGCCUCUGACUUCUCCCUGUGUGCUUCCUCGUGAAUUGUGUUUUUGUUAGCCAUACAAACUGUUUUCUUUCUGUCUGCGGGAUGAGUAACUGCAGGUCAGUCACGCAGGCCCCAGUCCUCUUCUGUCAGCAAAGACAAAGUGCACUUUGGUGCCUUAUAAAGACGUGCAGUCUCCAUGUCAGCUCUCAGCGGCAGCAGCAGCAGCAGCAUACCACAGUAAAUGCACACAGCAAACUGCCCAUUUCCUCAGGCUUGUGCUUGGCUGGGCUUAUUGAUUCGAAUCCCGGUAAUCAGUUUCUACCCCUCCCCUUUUAAGCCCCCCAAUAUUUCCUCAGUGUCAUGCUCUGGGCAUUAAAUAAAUCCUGUUAGUUUGAAACACCAGCUGGCUGCUCAGAUGUUUUCAGCUUUUUUCUGCAUGUGUGUGUUGUUUGUCUGGAAAACCUCAAAGAAAAGAGAUGUGGCUUUGUUACAUGCACAUAAAGUGCAAAAUAUACACAGAUUGCAACUCGUCUCCACUUUGAUUUUCCCGCCUUUUUCACACACAGGCUAAAGCAGGGGUCAGAGGUCAAGCACAAGAGAUAAAGACCUGACACAGAACCAGGAAUGUGGAACGAUCAUGCAAGAGAAGUGUGUGUGGAUGCCAUGUUGGUGUGAUAUGAAGGGGACGAAUUUUGAGCCAGUGUGAGAGCGAGUCAGUUAGACACUUUGGUGGUAAGAAUAUCAUUGACGUUAAUUAUUGGUCACAUAUUUGGGUGACCGUCUUUAGUGUCUGUAGACCCGGCAGUCUUGAACGAGGGACCCCUGCUUGACUUCCCACUUUAUAAACAUCUCCAUCCUUCUGCCCUGCUAGAGUGAGAUGAGUGUGUGUGACAAGCAGAGAAACACUAGGGGCUCUUCUGUGACACAAAUCUUCCACCAUUGUCUCCAACAAAGGAACAGACUCGGGGGCCCAGAAGGAUUUUUUCCAUUAGCACCUCAGCACUCCCUGACAUGCACAUAAUUAAUGCUCAGAUUGGAUCUCGUCUACUGUAUCUCCUUUUCCAUCUGUCAUCAUGCAGGGCUUGGAUUAAUACUUUGGCGCUGUCUGCUCGUCAAAGCCUUUAAGCGCUCCGACUCUGGCUGCGUUUCUUGCGCGGGGAGUCAGUUCCAAAUCUGUAAAGCAUCCUGCUGUUUCACCGUGGCACUGAUAAGGCUUUUGCUCGCAGACUGCCUGGGCUGAAACUGACCUAGAGAGGAUAUCUUGCCCACGAUGAGCUCUGACAACUGCAGGUCAAUUCGCUGUGGCCCCUCUCUGAGAGGCAGAGGCAGAUAAAGUGAAGGGAAGGGGUCAGUCUUGGAUGGAUGGGGGGGCUUGGUGUUGUGCUAGCUGAAGGCCGGAGGGAGCUGGUGCUCUGCUUUUUGUGGGCUCUUUCCAACAUCCUGUGGUGACAGGGCCCGUUUUUAAACUCUCAAUCUUGAACCAUAUUUGGUCAAAGAAGUUGAUGUUUGUUUAUAUUUGAGCUGCUUGGCCUCUGGAAUAAAGUUUCCCUCCAACAUGAGUGGGAAACGUAUUCUAAGAAGCUUAUCCUCCGUCACUUUCUCUCUGCUGGAGAAUGUUUUAAUGAUUUUCUGCCUCAAUAGAGAGGAAAUAUUCUUGGCACUGGUUCCUUUUUUAUUUCCUGGGCUCUGUUAUAGACAAUACCAUGUGCGAUUAAAAAAAGACAUCACAUAUUCUAACUUUGAGUCCCUCAGUUUGAGCUUUCCCUCCAAAUAUUGAAUCACUUAUUCAUAGCUCAAUCCCCUUAAUGCUUUGAUGUUAUUUUUUUCACCCGCUGAACUUGAAAUUAUUUCCUCCUGUGUAAUCAAAUGCCUCAUCAUAAUAUCCUCUGCCUGUUUACAUGGAGACCUCCUGUUUCCGUGAGUAUACACUAAGGCUAUGAAAGAGACCUUUAAACUCUUAGCAAAACAAAACAAAAAAAAAAUAGUUUGUCUCAACAGCACUCAGUUGUCACUCCAAGGCAGAUUGAAGACUCUGAAAAACUGAUUUAUUGAAACGAAUCUGAUUCUUAUCACAAAAAAAAUAAACAAAAAUCAUGUGUUUUUUGGGUUGAGGGACAUUUUUUUUUCCUUUUAAUUACACAGCAUUCCAACAGGGACAGGGAAGCAGGAGGGAAAGAAACACUUGUUAUUUCUUAUUGAGUGUUCGCAAGUAAAUGCGGCUAAAAUGCUGAGAAUGCUGCUGAGCUGGCAUCAGCCGAUACAGUGGGAUACUCAUUAUCUGAGUCAUCUCACAGAAUGCCUUCCUGCUGCUCUGGGAUCUGUUAAUGAAGCGCUGAAAUCCGCACAUAUGUAGCCAGGCGUGUAUGCGUUUGUAUCUUGUAAGCCGGAAACUGCUGCGCUUGGUCUGAGGGUUAUUCACCGCAUGGUUCACAUUCUUCUCUUGCCACUGGUCUCCAGUGACUCGCAUCAAAACAUUAUGAACCACUGCCAGCUUCUCGGAAUAUGCCUGAGGAAUUGUUUCGGCCCCUGAACCACAAAUAUUUUGUUUCUACGCUGUGGUAAUACGCCACAAUUUCGAGUGGGUGGAAAUGUUUUUCUCCAGUUUUUAGAUAGAGCAUGACCGUGGCCUGUGACCUCUUCUGCAGCUUGCCUCUUUCACUUCUCUCCUUCUCUUCGUCUCACUCCUCCUUCUCCUGUCAGCAGCUCAGACACGGCUCUCCAGAGUAUCCUCAUUUUAGCUACCUAUGUCACUCUCUAUCUUGCUGUGAUUUCAUGCCUUUCUAUCCUCACCCCCUCCCUCUGCGUGUAUGUGUGUUUGUCCCAGACUGGCAGAUCGCCACGCUGGCCUUGCUGCUGGGGGGAGCAGCCCUCACUCUGCUCUCCUUCCUCGUGGCCCUGAUCUCCUUGUGCUUCAGCUCCAGGAGUCGCUGUUACAAGCCAGUGGCUGUCAUGCUGUUCGCUGCAGGUAGGUAAAGAGAAAAACAAGUCAGAGGAGAUUAAAGACUGAACAAAAACACACACACACAAAAUGACUUUUUAGCUUCCAGAAAGAUCAUGUGAACUGUUUUGGUCCCGAAACUGAUACAAAUGCCGGUGUCAAUGUUGGCUGUCCCACUGGGAAAAUAAAGUAUCUGGUAUCAGCAAAUAUGCCAGCCAAAGCACUGUUUUGAUACCACUAAGUAGUCCUGAAAAUCAGCAGGUUUUUGAAAUUACCAACUGGCAAUGACAAAAAACUGUUUGAUGCAAGCAAAGAGAGUCAUGUAAGUUAAAAAUGAAUGACAACAACACAUAUUUUGACCUAGAGGGCCUUUUGUUUUCAUUGACUUUGCUGCACUACCAUCUGAGAGGAACUGUACAUCAGCUUAGACUGUGUGAAAAGGUGAAUGACCUGACGGCCCCUCAAACAUGAAGCCAAAACAGUCAGAGUUACUGCUGCUAAAAGGGUAGUGCACCCUUAAAAUUCAAAACAGGUCAGAAAAGAGUUUUUCUCAAACAUGGUUUCAGUCAUCGAAAGUAGACUUAUGCCCUAAUAUUUUUUUCCCAAUAAAUUUAGUUUGAAGCACUCGAAGCUUAAAUAGAGUGUAACACACUUUGGCAGCUCUAAAGAAGCAGCAGGACAUCAAGACUGCAGGUUCAUUCAAUGCAAACAAUGGCCCAAAAUGGGUGGUUCCCAUGGGAGGUUGUUUGUUUUGGUUAAAAUCAGGGCCCAAAGAUCCCACAUUAUUUUAAGCUUGGAUGUGAUCUUGAUGGCUGUCAGAGUGUUUAAGAGACUCGUUUUGACACUAAUACCUUCUUCUCUUUUUUCCUCCACAGUGGUGCUCCAGGUGUGCAGCUUGGUCUUGUUCCCCAUCAAGUUCAUAGAGACUAUCAGCCUGAGGGUGUACCACGAGUUUAACUGGGGCUACGGUCUGGCCUGGGGAUCCACCAUCUUUUCUUUUGGGGGAGCUAUCCUAUAUUGCCUUAACCCCAAGAACUAUGAAGACUACUACUAA